GUGACCGGCCCGAAAAAGCGCAACGUCGACACUGUCGCUGUCCUCAACUGCCCCAAAGUCCUGGAGAUAAGGGAACUCCACCAGCACAGGGAAUUAAGCCGAAGGCUCAGAAACACGGUGGACAUGCGACUGAAGGAAUAUAUUGAGAGUUUGAUGGAGAAGGCACAGCGGUCGGCUGACGUGAUGCUCAAGGAGCCUCGGACGGAAGGGGAGCGAGCCCACGCUGGGAUUCUGCUUAGUCAGUCUGUUACAGAGGAAGACAAAGAAACCUGCAGCGUUACACAAAGGACCCCAGGGGACAUUGGCAGUCUGUACAGCAAGGCCGUGCAAGCUCCGAUCGAGAUGUCGGACAAUCUCAACGAUCCCGCGAUGAUGGGCCGUCUCAGCUGCACCAGCAUCAAGGAGUCAAAGUGGACAAACACAUUAGAACAAUACAGACAGGAGCUCUAUGAAGUGAAGGCUUGCAUCGACGCGCUGAGGAAGAAGAUUGUUGUGCCGUACUUUCACCCAGAAAAUAUCUCAUUACACCAGAAUCAUCAUCUCCGUGGAAGUCCAGAAAAUAGGAGGCCAAUCUUGAGCGACCCAACCUUCAGCGAGUCGGACGAUACGGAAGAAGCCUUCCAGAGGGACAUCCGACCAGAAGAGUCUCAUGACAUUGUAGCGCCACGGCCCUCGGACCCGAGACCUUCUUAUUCUGCCAGUUACGCAGCCGUGAGGAGCAGCAGGAUGCCUGGCAUCACGCCUCCAACUGCACCAGCGGCUCUUGGUUGUCGGCCGGACUCCUCCAGGCUUCGGAAGUCGGUCCAUGUGAAUGUAAUUGGCGAGCCCAGGCGGACGAACGUCAGACUUCCACCUUCAAUCACCAGCUCCAAACCCUUCAGUGUGCCCAAUCAUCACUUCCGCUCUGUGGAGGAGCCAGUGCGGCGCAGGUGUCGCACCAUUUCACUGGCUGACCCGAAUGUUAUAACCAGAGGCUUUGAGCUGCGCCCGUCCAGAGUCGACUUUGGCUGGCAAAGGGAUGGCACGUUCUCACUCGUCACGGUGGUCAUGAAGAACGUGGGUGUCGACACCUGCAGGUUCCACGUGAAACAGCCUCCGAUCUCGUCAGGUCUACGUGUCAAGUACCAGCCGGGACCUGUGCCGGCAGGUUUGCAUGUUGAGCUGAGUAUCGAGCUGUAUGCCAUGUGCGAGGCACACGAGGGCUACAUGGAUCCCGCCAAGUACAUCUCCCAGGAUAUUAUCAUCCCCACGGAGACCGACAUCCUCUAUUUGCCUGUCACGGCCACCAUCCUUCCUGAGAUCUUUUAUGACAUUUGGAUGAGAGAUCACCCCACUUCAUACAGCAGGAGACACUCCGGGGCCCCCAAACAGUCCUGCAGCCUCCCAGCAUGCCAGGGGCUCGGGCAGAACCUGCCCAGCUCUCGAGGGCCCGCGGCUGCUGCAAACACAGGCACAUGGCACCAUAAACGCACAGCGAGUCUGUGAAGAACACAUCAAUCCACCACAAAAGCUGAAUGGAAAGUCUGUUUCAACUAAAAACAGUGUUCAACUUCG